AUGAACAAGGAACAACAAGAGAACUCACUGUGUCACCCUGAGUCCUCUACGCACAUUAUCAGAACUAACGAAGUGCUUGGUACGCUGAAGGCGGCCAGUCCUCUCCCCAUCGGUGGCAACAUACAGGUUGUGGGUCUCCCUGCCGACGGCUACGACCCACCCGGCGGGCUCGCAGUCACCAUCACCGGCUGGGGUGCCACAGCCACCUCGAACCAGUCGCCACCGUUCAAUCUGAUGAAGGUGGACAUCACCGUCAUCGACCGCGCCAGCUUAGUAGCCAGGUUUGGCGCCACAGACCGCAUGAUCUGCGCCGGCGAGGCCGGCAAGAGCACCUGCUACGGAGACUCCGGCGGUCCGCUCGUCAGUGGCGGCACUCAGGUCGGCAUCGUCUCAUGGGGAAGGGAGUACUGCGAGACCGAUGGCGGCGUCCAUACUAACGUCGGCCACCUCCGUUCCUGGAUCACGGCUGCCGCUGGCGUCUGA